GCCCGGGUCAAACGGGUGAUCAUUACUAAUUCUAGAACCCUCAAUAAAUCUUCCUUCAAGAGCAAGUGAGGGGGCACGCUCUGGUCGAAAAAAAGGCGAACCGAAAAGGAAAGAAAAGGAUGAAACAACAAAUAACAGAAGAUCGACGAGAACGCCAAAGAAAAUAAUCAGGGCAAAAAAAAAGAUCAAUGAGGUAAGACCUAUUUCUUUGGGUUUCAGCAUGACUUUCGUUUCUUCGGACAGUCGAGGACUCAGGUGUGCAUGCAUUAUCACAGUGCAUGGUCGCCAUCUCCACUUACUUUCGUUGGAGUUCGGCUUUUUUUUGCCCAUCGGGUGCGGGGAUAUUUGGGGGCUGUGAGGCUGGGGGAGAAGAGAUCAGGGCUUCCCACUCAGUCACAUACCUACCCUGCCGUAGGAAUGAGCUGGGCCACAUUCUGGUUACGCGGUCUGUUCGGUUACCGGUACUACUUCCAAACACAAUCAUGAGUCGAGUGCGUCCCCUACUAAGUACCACCAUAACAAUUCCUGACCCUUUCACGGUCUCACCAACAAUGCCGUUCCCCGACCCGCCGCUGCCCGCCCUCCCUUCGACCGCCGAAUUCAUCCCCGAGGAAUGGCGGCCCUCACAACAGACCCAGUCGCACUAUUUCGACCUGCCACUUGAGCUUCGCCAUCUGAUCCUGCGCACGGCAUUCGGCGACAGGACAAUCCACAUCGACCUCCGUUCGCGCAACAGCCUCCACCCUCAACCGCUCCACACCGACCCUUGUCCGCCUGACCGCCUGUGGAUGUGGUAUUCAUGCUUCUGCUACAAAAGGCAACGGGAUGGUGGCCAUGCGGGUGCCAACACUCAUUUUCACGCCCUGUUUGCGGAUGGUUGUUGGGCGGGCGGGAAGCGGUGCUGCACUCCUGACCAACGCGAUCUCCUUCCAGAGGAAGGGCGAAUUGGGGUGAUGGGGUUCCUGCUGUCCUGCAAACGCGCCUGCGAUGAGGGACUCUCAAUCCUCUAUGCAACAAACACCAUCUCCGUCCAUCGCGAGCCGUUCAUCUACGGGCUGCUACAGCAGGGGAUCGUCCCCGACGCGCCGAGGCUCACGGGUUCGGCCAUGCAACUCGUCAGAUCUCUUCAGAUGAGGUCGCCGCUCGUGCUUCGGUCUGCGUCAAACGAGGAGCGAAGCCCCCGCGAGAUUAAGAAUCACACUGUCGUUUUAGAGGAGCUCCGUCUCCUACCGCGGGCAUUCCCUAACCUAAGGCGGCUAGAAUGGAUCCCCGCGCGGGGUGUGUACACUCGGGCUGAGCGCAUGGGGCUGCAGGCUGUGGAAGAGAUUGAGGACCUCCUGCUCCGCCCGUUACUAACGGCCAGCGCCAUGAUGCCCGCCUUGAGGGAACUCGUGGUGCCAUUACCGUUCAACUUGUUUGUCCUGGCCACGGCCCUGGAGCGGUAUAGGCCGAAGCCCAAGGUCGAUUUUCAAGGGCAGAAGCUUGGGUCAAUCCGUAUGUGGUAUCCCUUUACCGUACGGCCGGGGACACCAGGGCCAGACGGCGGGGGGUUUUGGUUGGUUUUUGGCGAGAAUCAGGCUCGAGAACAGGAGUUUGAUAAACGUUUCAUCAUCAAAACCGGUCCGUUGAGGCACGUCUAUGCCGAAGAGGAACCUUCCACCUUGGGUUGAGGUGAUCGAGUCUGGUUCGUACUCCGUGUGCCGGUUUCGGGAGGCGAAUGUGGCUCCUUCUGGGUGCCACGCCCCCUUUCCUGCCGUUGCCAUUCCUCGAGCACAAUCAUCUUCCUUUC